AUGGCGUCUGCCCCGGAGUGCAAUGUGGUAAUGGUGGCGACCGAACCAGAGCUGCUAGAUGAAGAGGAAGUGAAAGAUAUGUGUCCUAAAAAUGCUAGCUAUUACAGGAAUCGAGCAGCCACCUUGAUGAUGCUCGGAAGGUUCCGGGAAGCUCUUGGAGAUGCACAGCAGUCAGAGGGACAUCUACGAGAGGACAAAUGCCACCUAUCUCUAGGGAAUGCCAUGGCGGCGUGUCGAAGUUUCCAGAGAGCCCUAGAAAUGGGUCACAAAAAUGCUCAGGCACAACAGGAGUUCAAGAAUGCCAAUGCAGUCAUAGAAUAUGAGAAAAUAGCAGAAACGGAUUUUGAGAACAGGGAUUUUCAGAAGGUUGUUUUUUGCAUGGACCGUGCCCUAGAAUAUGCCCCUGCCUGCCAUUGCUUCAAAAUCCUCAAAGCAGAAUGUUUAGCAAUGCUGGGUCAUUAUCCAGAAGCACAGUGUGUGGCCAGUGACAUUUUACGAAUGGAUUCCACCAAUGCCCAUGCUCUGUAUGUACGAGGUCUUUGCCUUGAUUAUGAAGAUUGUAUUGAGAAGGCGGUUCAGUUUUUUGUCCAAGCUCUGAGGAUGGCUCCUGACCAUGAGAAGGCCUGCGUCACUUGCAGAAAUGCCAAAGCACUUAAAGCAAAGAAAGAAGAUGGGAAUAAAGCAUUUAAAGAAGGAAAUUACAAGCUAGCAUGUGAACUGUACACAGAAGCCCUGGGGAUAGACCCCAAUAAUACAAAAACAAAUGCUAAACUCUACUGUCAUCAGGGUAUGGUUAAUUCCAAGCUUAGGAAACUAGAUGAUGCAAUAGAAGACUGCACAAAUGCAGUGAAGCUUGAUGACACUUAUAUAAAAUCCUACUUGAGAAGAGGUCAGUGUUACAUGGACACAGAACACUAUGAAGAAGCAGUACGGGACUAUGAAAAAGUAUAUCAGACGGAGAAAACAAAAGAACACAAACAGCUCCUAAAAAAUGCACAGCUGGAACUGAAGAAGAGUAAGAGGAAAGAUUACUACAAGAUUCUUGGAGUAGACAAGAAUGCCUCUGAGGACGAGAUCAAGAAAGCUUAUCGGAAAUGGGCCUUGAUGCACCAUCCAGAUCGGCACAGUGGAGCCAUUGCUGAAGUUCAGAAGGAGGAGGAGAAAAAGUUCAAGGAAGUCAGAGAAGCUUUUACCAUUCUCUCUGAUCCCAAGAAAAAGACUCGCUAUGACAGUGAACAAGACCUGGAUGAAGAGGGCAUGAAUAUGGGUGAUUUUGAUGCAAACAAUAUCUUCAAGGCAUUCUUUGGCGGUCCUGGGGGCUUUAGCUUUGAAGCAUCUGGUCCAGGGAAUUUCUUUUUUCAAUUUGGCUAAUGAAAGGAAACCAUCCAGAACGCAGAAAAUGCA